CUCUACUCUAGUUCUAGCAUUGCUUAGCCCAAGUGAACACUCAAGCCUGUCACAUCCGCUUGGAAGGGCUUCAAGGUGGUGGUAGUGUCCCCCUCCGCACCUGGGCAGACGGGACAGGAACACAAUGCUUCUGAGAAACCAACAUCCACAAGCCAGCGCGACUGGCACGCCCAGGGCAAACAAGAUUGAUUACCAGGGUCCUUGGCGGAUCUACACGUCUCGCGGAGUUCUCUCUAUCACAGCGACUGAUACCGGUGUACCCCGCACACCUUCAUCACGACACGGGCUGCUUCAAGUAAACAUAUCUUCCGUCUGACACCCAACACGCAGACCCAGACUCUGUAGACAGUAUGAGUGGACUAGGCGGUCUCAACAAGACACCUGACUCGAUCGUCAUCAGCGUCGUCCAGUCCCAGCUCUUCGACGUCGCCACUCCCACCCAUCUCUCCCAAGCAGUCCAACACGUAGUCGCGCUCGUCGAACGCACGAAACGCGCCUACCACGCCACCGACAUGGUCAUCUUCCCCGAGUACUGCAUCCACGGCCUCUCCAUGCGCACCAACUCCGACAUAAUGUGCACCCUCGACGGCCCCGAAGUCGCCCAAUUCAAAGCCGUCUGCCGCGCGCAAAACAUCUGGGGCUGCUUCAGCAUCAUGGAAAAGAACGACCUAGGGGCACCCUGGAAUUCUGGGCUCAUCAUCAACAAUGCCGGAGAGCUCGUCAACUACUACCGCAAGAUGCACCCGUGGAUUCCCGUGGAGCCGUGGUACCCGGGCAAUCGGGGGAUCUCGGUUUUUGAGGGCCCCAAGGGGGUCAAGAUGAGUCUGAUUAUCUGCCACGACGGCAUGUUUCCUGAGAUGGCAAGGGAGGCGGCGUAUCAGGGGGCGGAGGUGCUGCUCAGGACGGCGGGGUACACGCCGCCGAUCAAGCAGUCGUGGGAGCUGACGAAUCGGACGAAUGCAUUCACGAAUCUGAUGUAUACGGUGUCGGUCGCGUUGGCGGGCACAGAUGGAACGUUCAAGAGCAUGGGCGAGGCGAUGUUCUGUGGCCCAGAAGGAGAUAUUUUGGUGCGUGGGAAUAAUUCGGCUGACGAGAUCUUUGCUUGUGAGAUCAGGGCCGACGAGGUAAGAAGACGACGGAUGCAUUGGGGUGUUGAGAACAAUUUGUAUCAAUUUGGACAUCGAGGAUAUGUGGCUGUGAAGGGGGGUGCGAGCGAUUGUCCGUAUACGUACAUGAAGGACCUGGUGGCGGGAAAAUGGGUCACUGCGGAGGACGCUGAGGUGACCGUCAAGGACGGUACGAGCUGUGGCUUUGAGCCGCCAGGGCAAACUUUCGUUAAUGAAUUGGAUGAAAAGAAGUGACGCCUUGGAGAUCAAAGAGCACUACGGGGUAUGCGGGUGAGCUUGCAGUAUAAGUUGGCAAUCUGAUAGGCUAACAUGGUGCGGCUUCUUCAACUCCGCAUUCCAGUGUUGCAUCUCGGAUCAUGUCAAUGCAGGGUCUGUUGCCGUCUUUCACGUU